AGUACUUUAUAAAUCUAAAUUAGUUUAAAAUAUCCAAAAUUAUUUAGAGUAAUAAUAAUAACAAUAAUUAUCAUUUGGACAUUGGUAACUGGAUUUUCAAGAAUAUUUUUUGGUGCACAUACUUAUGGUUAAGUUUUAUUGGGUUGGAUUUAUUCAGGUUAUAUUAUGAUUAAUUAUAUGACUUAUAUUCAUGAGAGAUUACUAAACUAUUUUAAAACAUGUUUAGUAACAGGAGGACCUGGAAUAGGAAGAAGAGUUAUAUAUAUUUCAAUAUUAGUAACAUUUAUAUGGAGCAUGAUUU